CUCUAUGACUCCGGUAAGCCACAGCUCAGUUGUUCAGCAUAUUCCAAGAAAGGCGGUCGCGCGCGCGGUCCUACUAACGCGAACUAAAUUAUUAAUAAGCGCCGAAACGCGAAGGCGUAUGUGAAACUAAAUUUGUAUGUACAAUAUUACAAUACAGUGUAGAUACGGCGAUCUGCUAAUGUAUUGUGUUUUAAAUUUUGUUAAGUGUUUGUAAAUUGUUUGAAUACGUGCUUAGGCGCUUCAAGGCGGACGUCGUGACAUUUUUUCUUUGGCGAGAAGCGACAUGGCAUGAGCGGUCGGGUAGGCGCGACAUGCGGCGCGCGCCGCCCGCGCAAACCGCCGUCGUCGCACUUGCGCUCUCUGUUCUACUGCGCUUUGUUAACGCCGGUUCAAUGGGCCCCGGUGUGCCUGAGAACAUAACAGUGACCUUCUUGAACCCCACCACGGUGAGAGUGUCGUGGUCCACCACGGCAGAGCUCGUGGAGAAGUACGAUGUCACAUACAAACCAUCGGACGCAAGUUACAGAGUGGUACUGGAGGUGGCUGGUAACUCAGAUGCGGUCAUACUGAGCGGCUUGGAAGCCGACACUCAGUACCAGGUGACUGUGGCCGCGCUGUGGGGCGGCCAUAAAUAUAGAAGCAGGCCUAUUGUCUUCCGCACGCUGGAGCCCCCGCGUACAUCGCCGCAGCAGGAUGGGGGGUUGGCGGCCGCAACCCCCCGGUCGUCGGUGGCGCCCCCCGACCCGUCGCCCACCUUCCCAACGAUACGAGGAGUGGAGAUCGGUAUCGUGGUUUUGGUGCUGAUCGUUUGGAUUGGCGCUAUUGCUUUAUUCUUCAACCGAUGGGGCAAGAUCAGAAUGCUGUUACCAUACCAGCCAGAUUACAAACAAGAACAACUAAAGGUGCCAGGAAGCAGCGCAUUGGCUGCAGCAACAGCGGGAACGACGUGCGGUGCCCAUUCUGCGCCAUCAGCAUGCUCGCACAUGCGUUGGUCACACACGCACACACAGAGCUUGGAGUGUGAGGAGCGACUUCUGGCGCGGUGCAGCAGACCGCGAGUCAACUCAGCCAUAUUCGUCUCUGCUGAGCCUACAGGAUUUGCCGGCUUUGACCCUGGCGAGUUUCUACGACGACACGGAUCUCAGUCCAAACUGUGUCGCAAAGCCAGAUCAGCAGACAACAUACCUUUAUCAACAAUGAGCGAUUCCUCAGAACGCUUAUGUAAAGCCAAACCUCCGAGAGAGGAAACAAUCAACGAAGAAGCCAAAUCCGAUGACAGUCAUGGUAGUGUGGAGACUGUUAAACAUUUUGGACUGCCGAUCCUUUCAGUGUCUGGACCGUCGCCCCCCGAUGAGGAUUAUGAUCAAAUAGACGAGUAUCUGUAGCAUUUCCACACCAGUUUCCAGCUCAAAUAUGUGCUGGAAAAGAUGAGGCCGCCCUGGCCGAGUCCUGCACAAAGUCCUUAAACUGAUUAGACUUUGGCGUCUUCGCACUGCACUGGACUUAAUGAACUUUCGUUUUGUGAUAAAAUAGUGUGUGUCUCUUUACCGAUUUGGGAAUAACGUGUGUUUAUCUAGAACUAUCGGCGCUACAACGAAGACUUUUCGCUGAUGUUCUUGUCUGUCUUGUGUGUCUUUUUAAGGGACCAUAGUCUAGCGUGGUGUGUUUUUCAUUGAUCCUAAUAUUUUUGUAUCUAUACUCUCCUGUAUCAUUGAGUGUUAGUAUAAGAACUUCGUGUAGAUUUUUACCAUUCACUAAUAUAGAUUUAAGGACUGCACAAUGAAUUAUCAAUGUUAUCUUAACAGUGCCACUUUUAACUUUAUCAAAUACGAUAAAAGCGUUGUUUAUAAACUUCUUAUAAGCAAUUUUAAUGUAAGUAUUAUAUGAAUAUUUUAUGAUAUUUAAUAAUCUGCAGUGUCUUAGCAUUUUCUUUUUAUAUAAAUAGUAUAGUUCAUUGUGAGUGUAAUUCUAAAGGCAAAUUUUUAUAUCGCAUCUAGAUGUAAACACAUUUCAUAAUAUAUAAAAGAUAAGUAGUGUAGAAUUGUAGAGAUAUGAAAUGAUUUGAAGGUUGAACUUUGGUCCAAUGAAAUGUAUUAUGUGCACAUGAUGCUUAGAAGGUAAGGGAUAGAGUUGAUAAUGAAGGCAACGUCAUUGUGUGAGAAGCAAUUCGUAUAUUUAAUAUAAUGUAAUCCAAAAUUUAUAUAUUAAUAUUUAAACUGUAGUAGACUUUGAACUAGCACUCCGAAAUCCUCUGAAAAUUAAAUUUCCGAUAAAUUAUAAUUGUUUUCACAAGUAGUGAUUGCAAGAUCCAAAUUCCAAAAUAUAAUAAUUAAUAUUUCCAAAGUCAAUUAGGAAAAUAUGCCACAGAUAUAUAACGCUAUUAAAAUAAUCGUAAUCUAAGGACGUUAGUACGAUAUAUAUCACUCAGAUUUCUAUAAGCUAUCUUAGAACAAUAUGUAUGUAGCAUAUAGCGAUCUAAUUUUGUAUAUAGAUACAUUACUAUGGCACUAAUUUAUACUGAUGUAUAAUAAGGUUUUAUAAUUAAAAUCGUUUAUUUUCAAACACCCGCUUUCUUCAUUAACUGUGAAAUAUAAAUAACAGUAAAUGUAAAGGCAUUAAUAACAAUAAACCUAUCAUCCCAAAUUUUGAAGGAACUUAUACUAAUAAUUUAAUUAAUCAUAUCGACGUAGUUGUACAGAAUGAGUAUGACUGCCGUGCUGUGGUAUUGGAUUCAAAUCUCAGGGCGGACAAAGUGAUGGUUUUUUUGUCAGUAUCAGCAAGUAUUUAUGCCCACUAUGGCGAUAGGCUUGAUCAUGUGAAAUACACAUGACGAAAAUUUGUUGUAUUAGUGGUGCCUUUGCCUUCUUCUGGGAUAAAAGGAGAGUGUGUGCUUUUACUUUACUGUUACUUUGGCUUAUUGUUAAUGAAGGGACUGGCGGUAAGUGUACGAAUCUCAACUGGUGAUCGGGGACCAGACGGACAGUACAUGUCAUUAGUAGGCCUUAUCCACGUCGGGGUAAUUCCAAAGCAUUUUAAUAUCCCACAGUUUCUAAAUAAAUCAACAGAUAUGGAAGAAGUAGAAUCUACGUACGAAGAUCUAGGCCUAGAAGUAGUCUACGUACGUCUCGUUUCGGGACAUUCUUUCUGGACCUUAGGCCUUAUCAUCAGGUGCAGUGGGGUCACUCCCGCGCUCGCUUCUAUAAAAAAGAUUAUAAUGAAUUUUAAAAUUUUAAUUUUACAUAACAUAUUGUCAUUGUAGUGCUUUUGGGAAUAUUGGUUAUUCAUAAUGAUUUUGAUGCUGUAUACGCCGCCUAUGUUAAAGCCUAAAUUUUAAAAUGUCAUUUGGGAUAGAAUUUAUUGAUAAUGAUAAAAUAAGGUUUAUCAUAUAAAGGCUUCGUAUAAUUAAAUGAGUAUGUAUGAAAAGCAUUAUGUUGUAAUGAUUAAUGACCUUUCUCGCAUUAAUGAGUAAACAGACCUAAACAAAGACUUGUAUAAUAUGAAUAUCAAUGUUAUUUAAUCGCAUUAAUUUUCUAUCAAUUAUAUAAAAAGCCAUAUUUUUGUACACAAAUUCGUAAAAUAUAAAUUUCACUUGCUCUAACUAGUAUAUUUUGAUCGAUAUAAAGCAGCCCAACAAAGUCGGCGAAUAUAUAAAAAUGAUGCUUAUAAGGUCCCAUGAACAUUUUCAUGCUGUUGAUUAUUUAGGAACUGUUGAUUUAAUAUAUCGAAAGCUACUUCAAAGCUAAGACUAUAUAAUUCCCUCCACUAUAUUAUAGAGAUAAUCCUUCAUCAAUCUUUAGAUAGUUGAGAGUUGCACAUACCCCAACGACAAAACUAUCAUGAAUUACUCCCAUUUUCCAAUUUAUUCCUAUCAUAGAAUGUAAGACAAAUAUCAACCUUCCGACAUUAGUCAAUAAAGUCCUUAAAUAUUUAGAUAAAGCUUUUUAAUCUCACAUUAUAUCAAAAACAGGAUGAGAAUACAUUUCGUGAUGGCAAUAUAGAUUUGAGAUAGAAAUAGUGAUUCGAAUUUUUAAAAGACAUUUAGAUGUUUCUAGACGUUCGGGAAGUAUCGUAAAGUCUUUGACGACUAAAUUAAGUAACGUAAAUAUUGCUUUGAAUUUUAAUCCUGUAUUGUAGAUAAUAAUUAACUCUCACGCAUUUUAAACAUUACGAUGGAACUUGUCUUGUGCCAACAAUUAUAUGUAUCCCUAUUUCAGAAUUUUUAGGUACAUUCGUGUCAGUUACAUAGUAUAAUCAUAAAUUAUAAAUAUCUGAUUAUUUCUGAACGUAAUACGAUAUAAAUAUGUGUAGAAUCUAUGAAUAUUGUUUUCCUUGCAUAUUGAACCAUAAUAUAAACUUUAGAAAUAUUUUAGGAUAACUUGUAAAAUCAAUGUGAUAUUUAUUCGUAUUUCAGUGUUAUAUCCAAAGUUGUAGAAUCUACAUAUAUUUACCAAUGAUUUGCAAUUUUUAGUACAUCCUCCUCGGUGUUACAAGACAUUAAAAUGAAUUGUAGAAUAUUAAUACUCUUAAGAAUAUUCCCAUUGUAUUUCAUCUUUGUUCAAGUUCUAAAAUUUUAAUGAUAGAUUUUAAUAAUUGAAUAUGCAAUUUCAAAAAGUCAAAUCUCGUAAAUAUAAAAUUUCUAGAAAUGUAUAUAUAUAACAACAAAUAAUAACAAAACAUCUGUAAUUUUUUAUUGCUAAUUGAACCCAAGUUAUAACCAAAUAUGCAAUCAAUUUUUUACACCACUUUAGAAAAUAAUAAGUUUUUCUAUUUCCUAAAGUUUUUACAUUUUCAGACAAGUGCCCUUGUCGAAAUUGCAUAUUCAAUUGUUUUUGUUGAUUCCUACCAAUCCAACGAAUCAUCAAUAGUCCAUUUUCAAUAUUUUUACACGGUUUAAUCUAGUGGCAGCUUGUGUAUAGUAGAAUGCGUUUACUAUAAUUCUAAUUAAAGUUGUACAUAUCUAUAAUGAACACGAUUAUAUUAUAAUAAAUGCUCAUAAUUUUAAUGUAAAUUAUUAAAUCUAUUAAGUAUAUUGUACAAUUACUAUUUACAUCCUUACGUCUAUUUACUAUCACGAUGAAAUAAAUUUAAAAAAUCUUA